UCACUUCCUUCCCUUCUGGGGGGGGGGAACCUAGGCUAAGUCCUGCCCAUCAGCCUGAGAAGGGCUCUGAACUCAGACAGACUACCAGGCUCCCUUCAGGAUCUCCAGCUAGGGCUGUGAGAACCUCCAACUGCAGGUUUUGACUCCCAGACACCCCAGAAGCUUUCUGGGUCCUUGGGAGAUCCCGCCUGUUGUUGUGGAGAUGGUGUCCCCUCUGUCUCUGUUGCUGCUCCUCAUCCUCACUGAGUGCUGUUGGGCUUCGACAGCCUCAGUAGCCAUGGAUGACACCCAGACCCUGGAUAUGACGUCUGUGUCAGUCUCUUCGGAUCUGUACCCCCCAUCCUCUCACCUGGCCCUGCAAGCCACAUCCUUACCGGCUUCAACUUCAGAUAUGGCCCCCGAGCCCUCUCCCAUCCUGGAUGCUGGGCCCUUGACAUCCUUGAUGACAGAGGUCAGGGAAAGUACUUCUACUACAGAAGCGGCAUCCCCCACCACUUUGGCUUCUACCGAAGGGCCCAGUAGCACCAAGGAACUGGCUACACAUCCAUCAAGUGCAGUUACCAUGGUAACGACUCCCUUCUCUUCACUCCCAACCUUCGAUCCCACCGUAAAGCAGGAGAAGGCCGACAUCUCAGGGCAGGAGGAGAAUACCACCCUGGUCACUAAAGAAACAACCUCCUCUGAGGUUAUUUCAGCUAACACAACCACCUUCACCAUGACAAGAAGUUCCCAAGUGUUCCCGACCACCUUCACAUCUUCCACCUCAUUGACCAAUGUGUCUCCUGCAAACCAACUGAAACAAGAUAGAAAUAACUCUGUGCUGGUAAUUCUGGUUGUGGUGGUCCUGACGAUGACUCUCUUGGCAGUCCUGUUCUUUCUGUGGCGGCGGCGGCAAAAGAGAAGGACAGGGGCUCUGAUACUCUCAGGGAGUGGGAAACAUAAGGGAGCUGGGGAUGCUUGGGCUGGGCCAGCUCAGGUUACAGAGGAGCAGGCUGCAUCUGGGUCAGCAGCAGUGGAAGGGGAGAUCGGGACCCCUGAAGGGGAGGGGACUGGCCGUAGGCCCACACUCACCACCUUCUUUGGCAGGCGGAAGUCGAGACAGGGUUCUGUGAUGCUGGAGGACCUGGAGGCUGGGACAGUCAACAACAACCUCAAAGAUGAGAGCGAACCCCUUGUGGAAAAUGUGGAUGGAGCUGUAAAGCCUUCUGAAGCUGAUGACUCAAGUGCUGAUGGGUCUGUAGCAGGAGAUGGGAACUUGCCCUCAGCCCCAGUGACCAAGGUGUGAAGGAACCAGGGUCAUCAAUGAGGCAUAUAUGAAGGUGUUCUAGGCACAGUGCUAGGCACUGUGAGACAAGUGUAAGAUCCCGCCUUCAAGAAUUUAACUUCCCCAUUCUUUAUCAACUCUUGUAAUCAUCUUAACAACCUUUUUUUCAUCACCAUGAUUACCUCCAUCCACCCUACCUUCAUUGUCUCCAUGACCAUAAUUUUUGUCAUCUUCCUCUUCACCAUUACAGUCCCGGAAUAUUGUUUGGGAAACCCAGGGUCUCUCCAGUAAAAUCUUCAUGGGACAACAUUUCUGGACUG